AUGGAUGACACUACAACAUAUGACAAUCUUACAGGCAAUGAACGUCAAGUUAGUCCGCUACCAUUCUGGUUGACCUCAAUACACGUGAUCGUUGAAGUUGUUCUCAUUAUAUUCAUAGCGUUUGGGAAUAUGCUUAUCAUCCGUUCGUUCUUCAAGUUUUCUAAACUUCAAACAACUACAAACGUUUUUAUCGUCGCACUAGCGAUUGGAGACUUUGUAGUUGGAGCUUUUGGCAUACCGUUUGGACUAGUGGCUUCGCACAUUGCAAAUUAUAUGGGCGAAGCAGGAUAUGCAAUUUCUGACAAUAAAAUAUGUUGUCAGGUACGAACUAUUUUGCUGGUUGUGCCAUUAGGGUCGUCUGUGUUCAGCCUUUGCGCAGUUAGCAUAGAUCGACACAUAGCGGUGACUAAACCCCUCCGAUAUCAUGCUAUCAUGACGCACACGAAAGCAGUGUUGAUCUGCGUGUGUAUUGUAGUCUAUAUGUUUGGUUUGACCAUUCUCGGUCUGACAGCUUUUUACGUCUGGAACACAACAACUGCGUGCCGUCUAAACAACACAGCCAGUUCUUCUUAUAACACGGUCAUCAAAUUGCAUAUCGGCAUUCUGUACGGUAUAGCAUGCGCAUUGUACAUCCACAUUGGCAUAAUAGCCGUGCAGCAAAGAAAGAAAGUUUGCGCUAUAGACCCAAUGGCUGAGAUGCAAUUUAAGAAAGACAACAAGAUAACCAAGAUGAUGAUGUUCGUGCUAGGGGUCUUUCUUCUCACCUGGUCACCCUACAUCAUUUUCGGAUCUAUCACGAGCAAUCCCGAGCCCGUGUGGCUGACUAGCGCCAACUAUUUUGCGAUUGAGAUCGCCUACGCAAACAGUAUGAUGAAUCCUUUGAUCUAUGCCUCCAGGAACAAGGCAUUCAACACAGCUUUCAGGGAAUUGCUGGGGCUUCGUCCGAAGUUUGACAAAGAGGGAACUGAAAUAUCAUACGACAAAGAUAACGGCAGUUCAACCUAAUAUGAGUCGUCAAGAAAGCAACGUUUAAGGAUAUACUAUACUGCGUACUUUUUAAUAAUUUUACCAAAUAUUAACGCGUACUCCAUGCAGUCCACGUUCCAUACAUUGGCUGAUUGGCAAAAAAUGAACACCUGCAAAAUCAUUUGAAACUGUCAGGAGUAAAGAAAAUAAUUAAGCAAUUUCUAAAUACCACACCAUUCAGAAAUAUCUACAAUUUAAGAUAUAAUUGUCA